AAGAAAGAAAGAAAGAAAGAAAGAAAGAAAGAAAGAAAGAGAGAAAGAGACAGAGAGAGAGAGAGCUAAAGUGAGAGAGAAAAAGAGGGAGAAAUAGAGAGACAUAAAGAGAGAGAGGUCUGAGGACAGGGAGAGAGAGGUAGAGAGAGAGCUAAAGAGAGAGAAAGAGAGAGAGAGAAAGAGUAGAGGAGGGCUAAAGAGAAAGAGAGGAAGAGAGAGAGAGAGAGAGAGAGAGAGAGAGAGAGAGAGAGAGAGAGAGAGAGAGAGGCGGAAAUAAUGCGAGACUGAAAGCGAGAGUGGGACCGUAAGCAAAUGGCCAAAUGGCUGCUGGAGCUCGGCAGGUGAGCGGCGCGUGUUCGUCAGGGCUGGGAGAGGCAGUGAGCUGCACCUGGCCGCCCCACGCGCAGGAGGUCGUGCUUCUACUUGCCGCGUGACAGAGCAGCUCUGGCGCAGCUCUGGAGGAACCUGGCGCUUGUUUUGGACAGCAGAGCUCGCGCGGUUUCGGAGGGAUAAGUUACAGAUAAGGAGAAGUUUAGGCUGGAGAGCCUGGGGAGGAAAUGAUGGAGCGAUGGACUGUGUUUUUCAUGCUGGUGUGUGGGGGUCCGCAGCUGGUGCGUUCAGGCUGUGAGAAUCGAGUGUGUAAUCCUCGCAUGGGUAACCUGGCUGUGGGGAGGCACCUGCGCGCCAACACCCACUGUGGCUCCACUUCAGCCGAGCACUUCUGUAACUACGAUGAAGGGAGCUGUGUGCCCCGGUGUGGGGUGUGUGACCCCGCAGUGACUGAACAGACUCACCCGCCCAGUGCGAUGACAGACUCGCCCUUCAGACGCCCGCCCACCUGGUGGCAGUCUGCCCAAGGUGUUGCCACAGAGAUUCUGCAGCUAGAUCUUGAGGUGGAGUUUUACUUCACUCACCUGAUCAUAAUCUUUCGCUCGCCCCGGCCGGCCGCCAUGUCACUGGAACGUUCACAGGAUUUUGGUAAGACGUGGAGCACACUGCGCCUGUACGCCCAAAACUGCAGUGGACAGUUUGGGAUUGAGGACGGCCAUGGAUGCACAGAGAAGUACUCAUCAGCACGGCCGUGCAGUGGUGGAGAGGUCAUUUACCGUGCUCUCUUAUCUUGGGAGAAGUUAGAACCCUACGGCAUUGAAGCCCGUGCCCAACUGGGUCUUACCAACCUGCGAGUCCGCCUCCUGCAGCCACAGAAGUGCCCGUGCCAGCUGAAAGAGGGCAGUGCCAACCUCCCCACAGCACCCUAUGGCAUCUACGACCUGAUCCUGAAGGGGGCCUGCCUGUGCCAUGGCCAUUCUGAUCAGUGCGUGCCUGCCAACGGCUACCAGCCCACACGGCAUCGCGCCCACCACGUGGUGCACGGCAAGUGUGUGUGUCGACAUCACACGAGAGGAGACCACUGUGAGAGAUGUGAUCAUCUGUAUAAUGACCGACCCUGGAAACCAGCCAACAGCCUAACUGGAGACGCUCACCAGUGUGCUAAGUGUAAGUGUAACGAGCAUGCAGAGAGCUGUCACUUUGACGUGAGUGUGUGGCUACGCUCUGGUCAGCGCAGUGGGGGGGUGUGUCACUGCAUUCACAACACGGAGGGGCAACACUGCCAACAAUGCCAGAAAGGCUUCUACAGACAUCCUCACAGACCACUGACCGCUGCGGACUCCUGCACACCUUGUACAUGCCAUCCACUUGGCUCAGUGAACUGUGAUUCCAGUAAUGGUGACUGUACCUGUAAGCCGGGUGUAGCCAGUCCACAUUGUGACCAGUGCAUGCCUGGAUACUGGGGUUUCGGCGACUAUGGCUGCAGACCCUGCCACUGCGCAGGUGACUGUGAUCCCUACACUGGGGACUGCAUGACUGGGUCAGAUGUUGAUCAGAACAACACUUUGUUUCGAGUGGAAGAACUGUUUUCAGCCCUUACUGUUCCAGAGAAAUGUGUGUGUAAACAGCAGUCCCUUGGAAACAGCAAACUCUUCUGCAGUAGAAAGUAUACUUACGCCGUAAAGGUGAGAGUGUUAGCAGCACAUGAUAAAGGCUCUCAUGCGGAGGUGGAUGUGAAGGUACUGAAGGUGCUGUGGAGCAGCUCCCCCCUCAGGACCAUAGGAGGUAUUCUCACACUCUAUCCUGAAUCCUGGACCUCGCGGGGCUGUACCUGUCCUGUACUGUACCCAGGGUUGGAGUAUCUAGUUACUGGCCACAAGGAUGCCAGAAAAGGUCGUCUUCUGGUCAACACCAAGAGUUUGGUAAAGCCAUGGAAAACCAGUCUGAGCCGCAAAGUACUUCAGCUACGUAAUAAGUGCAAAUGACUGAGAGAAAAAGAGAGAAAUCUACUUGUUUGAAAUGAAAAGCUAUAGCUACACUGGAUUGGUCAUUUCUGGAUAAAACUGGUGCCCUGUCCUUAAACAUGCUACUCUCAGGCUAUGUUUAGACCUCCAACCCAAAUAGUUGGCAUUUUAUCCUAUGCAGUAUGUGGUUUACAAUCAGAUUUGUACAAUUGUGUUUCAGUCUGGAUGCUCAAAAUGGAUUUCAAAAUGUCUUUUGCACACUCAUUUUAACUCACCUCAUCAAAUCCAGAAUGAUAUAAGAACAGCAGCUACUGCUGCUGAUAUUUAUACCACAGCAACCCAUGCAGAUACAUUUAUGAUGUCCACAAAUUUAAUCUACAAACAACAGUGAGACAGUUAUCUCAACAGAUAUGAUUUGGGAAACAAAUCCGUCUGAACACAGCCUCACAGGUCUUUAGCUCCGGGCCAUGAAUCCAGGCCUGGAUUUUGGAUUCACUGGUAGGUAUGUCACUUGUUAGCCAAUCAGAUUAGUUAACCAUCAGUGAUUUCAAAAUCCAGAACUGGAAACUGGAUUCAGUCUCCAGAGUUGAGGCUUCUGCACAUGAUCAACCGUCAGCUAAAACCUGAUGAUGUGAAUUGAGUGUAUAUAUAUAUAUGUGUGUGUGUUUUUAUAAAAGAGAGCCAGAGACUGAAGAUAAAGCAGUUGAAAAUAUUGCUACAUUGUACAAAAUGUAUAUCUACUGUUUUCUGUACAUAAUUUUGUAAUGUAUAUGUGAUAAUAGUUUGUAUCACUGGUUAGAUUUGUAUAUAACAUGCAGGUUGUACAUACAAAAUGUGAAAAUAUUUUUAUUUUGAGAAAAGGAAAAGGAAACAUAAAGAUGGCCAAAUGACAAAUAAAAAGAAAGCCACGAGCAGCACUUCUUAAUCUGAAAUAUCAAUUAAAAUGAUCUGGUUUCCUAGAGGCGGAUGUGCCCUUAAUAAAUGAAUCCAACCAGAAA